GGGCGGGCCGGGCCCGGCCAGGCCGCGAUGGCGACCAAGAAGGCGGGCUCGCGGCUGGAGACGGAGAUCGAGCGCUGCCGCUCCGAGUGCCAGUGGGAGCGGAUCCCCGAGCUCGUCAAGCAGCUGUCGGCCAAGCUCAUCGCCAACGAUGACAUGGCAGAACUCCUCCUUGGGGAAUCAAAGCUGGAGCAGUUCCUGAAGGAACACCCCCUGCGGCAGGGGGCCAGUCCCCGAGGCCCCAGGCCCCAGCUGACUGAGGUCCGCAAGCAUCUGACCGCUGCCCUGGACCGAGGGAACCUCAAGUCAGAAUUCCUACAAGAGUCCAAUCUGAUCAUGGCCAAGUUGGAUUAUGUUGAAGGAGACUAUGAAGCCGCUCUCAACAUUUAUGCCCGGGUGGGCCUGGAAGACUGGCCGCUGACGGGCGUCCCCCCUUACAGGUUGCGGAUGGCCGCGGACGCCUACGCCACCAAAGGACUUUGUUUAGAGAAGUUGCCUAUUUCUUCUUCUACCAGUAAUCUCCAUGUGGAUCGGGAACAGGAUGUCAUCACCUGUUAUGAGAAGGCAGGGGAUAUUGCACUCCUGUACCUCCAAGAGAUAGAAAGGGUAAUACUUUCUAAUAUUCAAAACAGAAGUCCUAAGCCUGGCUCUGCUCCCCACGAUCAAGAACUAGGUUUUUUCCUAGAAACAGGACUACAGAGAGCCCAUGUCCUCUAUUUCAAAAAUGGGAACUUGACGAGAGGAGUCGGGAGGUUUAGAGAGAUCCUCAGAGCAGUGGAAACGAGAACAACCCAGAACCUACGAAUGACAAUAGCCAGGCAGCUGGCGGAGAUCUUGUUGCGGGGUAUGUGUGAACAGAGCUACUGGAACCCUCUGGAGGAUCCGCCAUGCCAGUCACCUCUGGACGAUCCUCUCCGGAAAGGAGCAAACACAAAAACCUACACCCUCACGCGGAAAGCCCGUGUCUACUCAGGAGAGAACAUUUUUUGUCCUCAAGAAAAUACUGAAGAAGCCCUGUUGUUAUUGCUGAUUAGUGAAUCAAUGGCCAACCGGGACGCUGUGCUGAGCAGGAUACCUGAGCACAAGAGCGACCGCCUCAUCAGUUUACAGAGCGCAUCUGUGGUUUAUGAUCUACUGACCAUCGCUCUUGGAAGAAGAGGCCAGUAUGAGAUGCUGUCAGAGUGCUUAGAAAGAGCCAUGAAGUUUGCCUUUGAGGAGUUCCACCUCUGGUACCAGUUUGCUCUGUCACUCAUGGCUGCUGGAAAAUCUGCUCGCGCGGUGAAGGUGCUGAAAGAGUGCAUCCGCCUGAAGCCGGACGACGCCACCAUCCCGCUCCUGGCCGCGAAGCUGUGCAUGGGCUCCCUUCACUGGUUGGAAGAGGCUGAGAAGUUUGCCAAAACCGUCGUUGAUGCGGGAGAGAAAACGUCAGAGUUCAAGGCCAAAGGCUACCUGGCCCUGGGGCUUACGUACAGUCUGCAGGCCACUGACGCUUCUUUGCGAGGGAUGCAGGAGGUCCUACAGAGAAAGGCGCUUCUUGCAUUUCAGAGGGCCCACAGCCUGUCACCUACAGAUCACCAAGCAGCUUUCUACCUGGCUCUGCAGCUUGCCAUCUCCAGACAGAUACCAGAGGCUCUGGGGUAUGUCCGCCAAGCUCUUCAACUUCAAGGCGAUGAUGCCAACUCCCUGCACCUCCUUGCCCUCCUGUUGUCAGCACAAAAGCAUUACCAUGAUGCUCUGAAUAUCAUUGACAUGGCCCUGAGUGAAUAUCCAGAAAAUUUUAUACUACUGUUUUCCAAAGUGAAGUUGGAGUCACUGUGCCGGGGCCCGGAUGAGGCUCUCCUCACUUGUAAGCACAUGCUACAGAUUUGGAAAUCCUGCUACAAUCUUACCAAUCCCAGUGAUUCUGGACGUGGGAGCAGCCUCUUAGAUAGAACCAUUGCUGACAGACGACAGCUUAAUACAAUUACUUUGCCAGACUUCAGCGAUCCCGAGACAGGCUCUGUCCACGCCACGUCGGUAGCAGCCUCCAGAGUGGAGCAGGCAUUGUCGGAAGUGGCGUCGUCUCUGCAGAGCAGCACCCCCAAGCAGGGCCCGCUACACCCCUGGAUGACGCUGGCGCAGAUCUGGCUCCACGCAGCUGAAGUCUACAUCGGCAUUGGGAAGCCGGCAGAAGCCACAGCCUGUACCCAAGAAGCUGCCAACCUCUUCCCGAUGUCCCACAACGUCCUGUACAUGCGAGGCCAGGUAGCCGAGCUCCGAGGAAACAUCGAGGAGGCCCGGCGGUGGUACGAAGAGGCCUUAUCCAUAAGCCCCACCCACGUGAAGAGCAUGCAACGGCUGGCCCUGAUCCUCCAUCAGCUGGGCCGCUACAGUCUGGCCGAGAAGAUCCUCCGGGACGCGGUGCAAGUGAACUCCACGGCCCACGAGGUCUGGAACGGACUGGGCGAGGUCCUGCAAGCUCAGGGCAAUGACGCGGCGGCCACUGAGUGCUUCCUGACGGCCUUGGAGCUGGAGGCCAGCAGCCCCGCGGUGCCCUUCACCAUCAUCCCCCGCGUGCUCUGAGCAGCACCCCAGCCUCACUGCCGCCCAGGCCAAGGGGGCCCCGCCUGGGCGCUGAGGGUCGAGUGUGCGCACAAAAGCCCUGGAUGAAUGUGCGAUUGACCACAGUGGACUAACCAAACCAACCCCCGAUCAUCGCUCUCCAUGUGCAUUUCUGUUGUCGUUUUCGCCAGCCCAAUGAUAGUUUCUGAAUCUACUGACAUUGUUCAAAAUGGAUCAUGUGCCAUAUUUUGUUAGCUGACAUCUGAGUUUUAAGUAAAAUGAUCAUGGAAUUAAUCUGCAAAUGUAGAAGAAUAUAUUCAAAGUUAAAAUUCAGUGGCAGAACAGAUUAUUUUUAUCAGAGCUAUAAAGAAAACUGUUCUCUCCCCACCAUCACCACUCCUGCCCUACCCUUGGCCCAGAAACCAAAUGUGAAUUUUCUGUUUUCCGCCUCAGUACUCGUCCAAGCCAGGACACCAGCCGACAAUUUCUUGGUUUUGUUGUCAGUAAUUGUACCUUGUGAUAAAUUACUGCCCUCACUUAGAACAAAGCCUGAGUCCAAGAAUAUUUAUAUUUUACCAAUAUAUGCCUGUUACAAGAGAAGGAAAUAUGAGUUAUUUAAGUUUAACUUUUUUAUGUGAAUUCAGAGUUUAUUUAUCGAUGGAAAUAUGUACAAAGAAGCUUCAAAUGGAAUAUUUACCGACAUUCCUUAUACAUGACAGACACUUGGCUAAAUGGAAAGAUGAAGUUAAUAAUAAAAUGAUUUUUAAAUGGA